UGACAGUGACGUAAUUCUACUUCCGCUAGCAUUAGCGGCCGGUGUUUGUUGACAGCAACGCCGCAUAUCACAACUCAACUGUGGUAGUUCGUCGUGUUGUUGGGACAAAAUGGCAUCAUCUAGCUCAUACAAACUCCGGUGCUCCAUCCCGGGCCAUGAGAUGGAUGUAAGGGGACUCGCGAGUGCUGUUUUUCCAGAGGGAGCUUUUGUGUCUGUGUCCAGAGACCGAACCGGAAGAGUCUGGGUACCAAACUCAAGCCCUGAUAACGGUUUCACAGAGAUGCACAGUAUUUCUGGCCACACCAAUUUUGUAUCCUGCGUAUGCGUCAUCGCUCCCAGUGAAACAUAUCCUCGAGGACUCAUUGCCUCAGGUGGAAAUGAUAAUAACAUAUGUGUGUUCACACUGGACCAAGCACAGCCGGUAUUCACUCUCACAGGUCACAAAAACACAGUUUGCACUCUGUCUUCUGGGAAGUUUGGCACACUUUUAAGUGGCUCCUGGGACACCACCGCCAAAGUGUGGCUCAAUGAAAAGUGCAUGAUGACCCUGCAGGGCCACACCGCAGCAGUGUGGGCAGUGGUCAUCUUACCUGAGCAAGGCCUUAUGCUGUCCGGAUCAGCAGACAAGACCAUAAAGCUUUGGAAAGCUGGUCGCUGUGAGAAAACGUAUACAGGACAUGAGGACUGUGUCCGAGGGCUGGCAGUGAUCAGCGACACUGAGUUCUUCUCUUGCAGCAACGACGCAAGUAUCAGAAGGUGGCUGGUGACUGGGGAGUGUGUACAGGUCUACUACAGCCACACCAACUACAUCUACAGCAUAUCCGUCUUCCCCAAUUGCCAAGACUUUGUAACAACGGGAGAGGACAGGACUGUGAGGAUAUGGAGGCAGGGAGAGUGCUCUCAGACCAUCCGUCUGCCCGCCCAGUCCGUCUGGUGCUGCUGUAUUCUACCUAACGGCGAUAUAGCCAUUGGAGCCAGUGACGGCAUUAUCCGCGUGUUCACGGAAGUCGUAGACCGCAUUGCGAGUGCAGAGGACCUGCAGGCUUUUGAGGAUGAACUCUCCAAAACCAUCAUUGACCCUAAGACGGGCGACCUCGGAGACAUCAAAAUUGAGGAUCUUUCUGGAAGGGAACACCUUGAAGAGCCUGGGAAUCGUGACGGACAGACGCGUCUGAUUAAAGAAGGAGAUAAGGUGGAGGCAUAUCAGUGGAGUGUCAGUGAUGCCCGCUGGAUGAAAAUCGGAGAUGUGGUCGGGGGCUCCAACGCGACCUCCAAGAGUGUGAUGUAUGAAGGAAAGGAAUAUGACUUUGUCUUCACCAUUGACGUGAAUGAGGGCGGGCCGUCCAUGAAGCUUCCCUACAACGUGGCAGAGGACCCUUGGCUGACAGCGCACAACUUCCUGCAGAAGAACGACCUCAGCCCCUCGUUCCUCGACCAGGUUGCCAAUUUUAUAAUAGAGAAUACCAAAGGACAGGUGGUGGGACCAAACCCGCCCGCCGGAGGAGACCCAUUCACCGGAGGAGCUCGGUAUAUCCCCGGAGCUUCUGAUGAGAGGUCAGCCUUUGGAGCUGAUCCCUUCACAGGCUCCGGUCGCUACAUCCCAGGGUCGGGUCCGAGCCCAAUUGCUUCUUCAGGUGUGGCAGAUCCCUUCACAGGCGGAAGUGCGUACUCCUCAGCAGCUCUCAGACAGGCGUCGACUAACAUCUACUUCCCCAAAACUGAUGGAGUGACUUUUGAACAAGCCAACUCCGCGCAGAUCAUUGCCAAGAUAAAGGAGCUGAAUGGAAGUGCCCCUCAGGAGUACAAGCUUUCCCAAGAGGCUCUGGAGAGUCUGGUGAGGCUGCUGGGGUCCAUCUCUGAGCCCAACUCCUCCGAAGCUCCCCCAACCAUCCAGGAGAUCAACCUGCUGUGGAAGGCCUCUCACUGGCCUGAAGACAUUGUGUUUCCUGUGCUGGACAUUAUGAGGCUGGCAGUGCGCCACCCGACGGUUAACGAGACCCUCUGCGGAGAGGCAGAGGGGGUCCAGCUGUGCAACCACCUGCUGAGCCUGAUGAGCCCUGAGGGUCGCCCUGCCAACCAGAUGCUGGCGCUGCGGACUCUGUGUAACUGCUUUAUGGGCAGACAGGGCCGGGCCCUCCUCCUGGCCCAGCGAGAAACGGUUCUAUCACGAGCUGCCGACCUGGCCGGCAUCUGCAAUAAGAACAUCCACAUUGCCCUGGCCACUUUGGUGCUCAACUACGCUAGCUGCCUGCACAGCCAACCAGAUCUCGAGGCCAAGGCCCAGUGCCUGUCUGUGGCCAGCCGGGCUCUGGAGACGGUACAAGACAAGGAGGCUGUUUUCCGGCUGCUGGUGGCCUUGGGAACCAUCGUGUCCUCGGACCAGUCAGCCAGAGAGCUGGCUCGCUCCCUGGGGGUCAACUCUCAGAUUUCCAAAUACUCAUCUGUGUCCGACCCAUCAAAGGUGGCCGAGUGUUGCAAGCUGGUUUUAAAAGAAAUGCAAUGAUGUGAAUGAUUAGAAAAAAGCACUUCUUUCUUACGAUCACUCUGUUAUGCUUAAUCGGUUGUGGUGGAGACUUCAAUACUUGUAUGUUCUGCAAUAAAAAAGGACACAUUAAUGCUAAGCCUGUGUUUUCGAUUACUGCACCACCUUUUUCAAGCCCCUUGACUAAUUUGUUUGGAAAUGUUGGGCAACUGCAUGUAAUAAUUGAUUAUAAAUGUGUGUGAAAUAUUAUUAAAACACUGUAAAGUUAAAUCACUAUGCAAAAGGAAACUGGUGAAGGAUAUUGUGAUUUCAGAAUUUUCUAACUUUUCAGAUGGCUAGUAAAAUAAUUGACUGCUACUUUGUAACCAGUAGACUACUUAUUUGGUUAAAAAAACGAUUUGCCACUAAUAAGAAAAAGGAGUUGGUGCGCCACACACUUAAUUAUCCCUCCGAUGGAAAUUAUCUGCAGUAAUUAAUGCUUUUUUGCAUCAGUUUAUGGUGAAGAUCUUUAUCCGUGUAAAGGAAAACAAAAUGAAGGUGACAUACAUAAUUUAAAAUUAAAUAGGCCAUAAUAGAUUUGUGUGGAUAUGAUUUCUGUAUUUAGUUUCUUGGAGUGAGCUCUUUAAAUGUUCAUGUGACAUUUAUAAAUAAUAAAUAACCCCUGGAUUUUAA